AUGAAAAAUAGAUUUGAGAAUUCCUAGGAUCUCGAUUUGGAUAUGUGUGGCAUAUCAAGAUCAUACUCAUAAACGAAAUUAUCUGGUCUUAACAAUCAUAAUAAAGAUAAAUUAAAAAAUGAGUUUGUCGAUAAACACCUAUUAUAGCGAAAGGAUUAAGAAGAUCUAGGAGGUUCAAUUUAACUCAAUGAUUUAAAUAUUUUGGGAUUGAAAGAUUAUUACUCAGGAGUAUUCGAUAACAAUUUGGAUGUUUAACCAAAGAAGAAGGAAGAAACCAACGAUCGUGUUUAAAUUGAGACUCAAUAGAAUGAGCCAUUCAAUAAUACUCUGGAUUAAUUUGGUCAGAAGCUGAAUGAGGUGAUUGGACAGUAUCUCUGUGAACUUACUUCUCAAUCUAGAUUAUCCUUAGACUCAUUUUCCCUUCAGAACAGCGAAAAUCUGGACGAAGAACAACAGCAACAAAUUUUGGAUCUUGAAUUAAAUGUCAUCAGAUAGCGUAUUUAUAAGCAAAUCGUGGACAAGAUUAACCUUUCUGUAAUUCAAUCAGUUCAAUCUAUUGGAACUUCUAGUUAACUCACAUCUUAAUCUAAUUAUAUCUCUACAUGCGUUUCGAAAGAACUCUUGAAUAACAGUGUGACUCAAUUUUCUUAAAUUUCAUAAAAGUCACCCCCUAAAUCACUCACUCAUUCUCUAUUAGAUUUAUAAUCACAACUUCAACAAAGUGCUCAUUAAGCCUAAGCUAGACUGAAUAAAAAAAAUGAUGAAUUGCCAUUCAAUAUCGUAGAUUGUGAAGGAACAAAGGAAGAAUUAUAAAAUAAGCUCAAGAUUUCCAUCCAAUUAAAUUAUUAAUAGUCUCAAAUAAAUAGCCAAUUAAGAGAGGAAUUAUAAAAAUAUGAAAAAAUGAAUUAAUCCUUUGACUCAAUAUAAGAGGACGAAAUACAUAUAUUAUAAUAAGAGAUUAACAGUUUAAGACUUGAAAAUGCCAAACUAAACGAGUCUUAAUCAAAUAAACAGUGUGAAAAAUGUAAAGGUAGUAUUAACUGA